GCAGCGCGGCGAGGAACGGCAGCGGGGCGGGGACGGAGGAAACGCCGAGGGCCUGAGCUCAGCGCGGCCCCCAGCCCGGCGUCACAACGCCCCGCGGCUGUUUGUUGCUUCGCCCCAAUUACCGCUGAGGUCACCGGCGCUGAGCCCUCGCUGCCCUUGCUCCUCUCGUCCCUUUGCCGGCGGCAGCAGAGCCGUGGCACAGCCUCUUCCUUCCCCCUGCCCCCGCCUGAGACUCUGACAGGGCCUCCUUGUACCUCCAGAGAGAAGCAGCCUGGCGGGCGUGCGGCGGGUGCUGCUGGUGCUGUCGGGGAAGGGCGGCGUGGGCAAGAGCACGGUGGCCACCGAGCUGGCGCUGGCGCUGCGGCACCGCGGCAAGAAGGUGGGGCUGCUGGACGUGGAUCUGUGUGGGCCCAGCAUCCCCCGCAUGUUCGGGGCCCAGGCCAGCGCCGUGCACCAGUGUGACAGCGGCUGGGUGCCCGUCCUCGUGGGGCAGGACGGCAGCAUCUCGCUCAUGUCCAUCGGGUUCCUGCUGGAGAGGCCGGACGAUGCCGUGGUGUGGAGAGGGCCCAAGAAGAACGCUCUGAUCAAACAGUUCGUGGCCGACGUGGCCUGGGGGGAGCUGGACGUGCUGGUGGUGGACACGCCGCCGGGCACGUCCGACGAGCACCUGGCUGUGGUGGAGGCUCUGCGGCCGCACACGGCCCUCGCCGCCGUCCUGGUCACCACGCCGCAGGCCGUGGCCGUGGCGGACGUGAGGCGGGAGCUGACCUUCUGCAGGAAGACGGGCGUGCGAGUGCUGGGCCUCGUGGAGAACAUGAGCGGCUUCGUGUGCCCGCACUGCUCGGAGUGCACAAACAUCUUUUCCAAAGGAGGAGGUGAGGAGCUGGCCAGGCACGCUGGGGUCCCCUUCCUGGGCUGCGUUCCCCUGGACCCCCAGCUCAGCCAGAGCUUGGAAGAAGGCAGAGACUUCAUCCAGGAGUUUCCCAGGAGCUCUGCCUUCCCCGCCUUGGCUCACAUUGCCCAGCAGAUCCUGGAUGGGACGUUGCAGCCGAGCUCCUGAGCAGGGUGUGGAGCUGGAGGGGCUGUCACUGGCUGAGCCCCCUGCCCGGCAGGAGCAGCAGCAGCAGCCCAGGCAGGGGGUGCAGAACCUGCUCAACUCAAACUGUCUCGGUGAGGGGCUGAUGGAGGUGAGAGGGUGACCUGAAAAGGGAAGUGCUGCUUCAUCUCCUGGAGCAAAGAGCCUCUGCCUGCACAGCACCAGCUGCCUUCUGCCAGUUCCCACCCCACACCCAGCACCUUCCUCCACAGCUGCUGUCCUGCAGAGGCUCUGGGAGCUCUGGCUCCUGCCCAUGGGCCUCCCCUGGUCUUCCCUUGAUGAGCCCAGACUGCACUGACUGUCCAGGUGGUGGUUCAGGGGCUGCUGCCUUCCCCCUGCAUGAGGGGUUGUGUGGUACCUGGUUCAGUGGGCAGUGGGUUGGUGCUGGGUGUGGGCCCAGGCCAGGCCACCUCACUCUGGCACCUCAGGUCGCUGCUUGCUGACGGGCCCCUGAGGGAGCAUCCAUGGGAAAACGCCCCAAGAUCGGCCACCUAUGAGGGGGCUGGAGAC